CUUUCUCUCUCGAUCAAGCCAAGUCUAAUAAAAAUCUAAUCUUUGCGUCACCGUUUGUGUUCUCUCUCUCUCUCACUCUAGGGUUCUUCUUCUACAGCUUCUCAAGUAAACAUGAGUCGUCAUCCUGAAGUGAAGUGGGCUGAGACUACCGAUAAGAUUUUCCUCACUGUAGUUCUAGCAGAUACUAAGGACACAAAGGUUAAUCUAGCCCCAGAAGGAGUCUUUGAUUUCUCUGCUAAAGUUGGUCCAGAAAACCAUGUUUAUGAGCUUAAACUGGAACUUCACGAUAAAGUCAAUGUUGAGGAAAGCAAGAUCAACGUUGGAGAAAGAAGCAUUUUCUGCAUAAUAGAGAAAGCAGAGCCGGAAAGGUGGAACAAACUACUCCGUGUCGGAAAGCCACCACACUACGUCAAAGUGGAUUGGGACAAAUGGGUUGAUGAGGACGAUGAAGGCAGCGCUGGUGCUGCAGAUAUGGAUAUGGGAGGAAUGGGUGGAAUGGGAGGAAUGGGUGGAAUGGGAGGAAUGGAAGGAAUGGAUUUCUCAAAAUUCGGUGGAAUGGGCGGAAUGGGCGGACUUGAAGGGCUCGGUGGUAUGGCUGGACUUGAAGGACUUGGCGGCAUGGGAGGAAUGGGAGGCAUGGGCGGUAUGGGAGGAAUGGGAGGCAUGGGCGGUAUGGGUGGAAUGGAAGAGUUUGAAGACAGCGAUGAUGAAGAAGAAACAGCGAAAUCAGGAGACAAGAAAGAUGACGCUGGAAAGGUGGAAGCUCCUGCGACGGAGAAGGCACCAGCAGAAGAACAAACAACAUCUGUGAAGGAAGACAAGUGAAGACACAGUGAGGUCUAGAGAUGAAACCAUAUGGUAUUAGUAGCUUUGAGGCUUAUGAAACCUUCUGAAUUACUUGCUUUUUAUAAGAAUGUUGUUACUCUGCUUUCUUUCUUUGGAUUUCUCAUCGGUUGAAGUUUCUGCAUUUUGUGGUGGUUAUAUGGUUUCCAAACAUUUUGGCUUUUGACAUUAGAGUUUGUUUAGGCAGUCUUUAUAUUAUAUGUCUAAUUGCCGAGCCAA